AUGGACUCGACACAGCUCAGUAUGGCCGAGCUCAACGCCGCCGCCCUGGAGCAGUUUGUCUUCACACCCGUCAACCGCGACAUGAUCCGCUACCUCGCCGACGCCGCCGCCAACGUCAUCCAGUGCGAUCCCAACAUGAUGCCGCCCACCGCCUCCGAGGUCCAGCGCCGCACGCUACCCACCCCGCCGGGCUCGCCCUCCCACUCGCCCGCACCCCGUGCCGUGCGUCGUGAGGACGGCGGCCUGCCGUCUCUCGAGGAGUUUAUCAGCCAGCUCGUCGUCUCCUCCAAUGUCCAGGUCCCCACGCUCAUGAGCACUCUGGUCUAUCUCAACCGCCUCAAGUCUCACCUCCAGCCCAUGGCCAAGGGUCUGCGCUGCACCACGCACCGCAUCUUCCUGGCCUCGCUUAUUCUGUCCGCCAAGUACCUGAACGACAGCUCUCCCAAGAACAAGCACUGGGCCAACUACAGCGUCAUCACCACCGAGUUCUACAACUUCGGCUUCUCCCGCACCGAGGUCAACCUCAUGGAGAAGCAGCUGCUGUUCUUGCUCGACUGGGACCUGCGCAUCUCCGAGGAGGACCUGUAUCACAACCUCGACGACUUCUUGGCGCCCAUCCGUGAGGACGUUGCCGCACGCUUCGCUCGCCGCCAGCAGCGCCGCCUUCGUCAGAAGCUGCUGCUCCAGCAGCAGCAGGAGGAGGAGGAGCGCCAGCGCCAGAUGGAGGCCCAGGCCCAGGCAGAUGCUGCUGCUCAGGCACAGGCCGCCACGCGCCAGAAGCGCCAGGAGGAGGACGCCGCCAUCUGGGCCGCCGCCACCGCCUCGGCCGCUGCCAACGGCUACCUGACCCCGCCGCGCCGCUCGAGCCAUCUGUCUCUGUCGCUGUCCUCGCCCGCCUCCUCGUCGUCCUUGUCCCACAAGGUGGUGGCCACCACGCCCGACGACGCCAUCCUGAUGGCCAUGCCGAGCCUCACCUACAGCGCCAGCACCAGCUCGGCCAACAGCUAUGCCUCGUCCCUCAGCUCGUCGCGCUCGCACUCGCGCGCCUCGACGCCCCAGUCGCUGGUCGACCAUCUGGACGCCGCCUACGUGCAGUGCAACAGCGAGGACGAGGUCGUCGGCACGCCCAGCAGCAUCCGCAGCAGCCACAGCACCAGCAGCCUGGCCGGCUGCAAGCGCGAGCGCGCGCUGACCAACGGCAAAGACAGCAGUGGCAUCAAGGCCGUGCCCGCGGCGUACCUGCCCUACGAGAUCAGCAUGGAGGAACUGCGCGAGAUCCAGGACGGCGGCAACCGUGUCAAGCGUGUGCGCGGCAUGCUGGGCCGUGUCUUUGGUUCCACUGGUGUCCUGGUUCGCUAG